GUCAGUGUUUGUCGUCUGGGUACAAAGGUGGACUGUUACAACCCGCUAUUCACCUGUGCGUCCGGACGGAGUAACCUCGAAACAAGGAAAUAUACCCUACCAACAACGUGUUUGAUAUGUAGCUCAUACAGUCUGCCAAGCAGUCAAACAUGGGGAAUAGUUUCACGACAACCGUCGAAAAGUGGGGUAUUGAUACAAAGAAGCUUAAGAUGCGGACUAAAAAGAGGAAAGAGAGACCACCUCCACCUCAGCAGACAGCAGAAGCGCAUCUGUACGACACAGUCCCAGAGGAGCCUUUGUAUGCCAAGGUGAACAAGAAACGCAGGCCUGAGGAGGACAACAACAUACACUAUGCUGAGAUUCAAGUGGUGCAGUCCAGUCAAAUGGCCAGCAGAGAGCGCCAGAGACCACCUCCAGUCGGCAGCACUGAAUAUGCCACAAUAGACUUCAACGGUGCAGGCGCACACCCAUCGUCACAGCCACCACCACAACACACCAUGGCUCCUCCAUUGUCCACACAGCCCGCGGAUAUUCUCAUCCCCCCAGGGGCCCUCCAGAAACCAAAAGCCCAGUCACACAGCAAAAGGACUCGCACCUCAGAGAGAGCCAUUAUAGUUUGAGGAUUUACUAGAUUUAUAUUUUAUAAUCCUGUGUGUGUGUGUGUGUGUGUGUG